AUGUCUGGGGUAUAUGAUAGAUUCAACAAGGAUCUAUCAAAUGGUAUCAGAGCAGUUGAUGCCGGGGAAAGAAUGAUAGCAAUUGAACAACAACAACAACAAUGUAUGUGGAUUCAACAACAAGCAAAGACACAGGAAGAGCUGAGGAUCAUUCGAACAAAGUUGUUAGAGAUGGUGAAGAUAAUGGAGAUGCAUCGUCAGAAUCAGAUAAGGAGAGAGGAAGAGACAGAAGCUGAAAUAGCAAACAUGAAAAAGAAUUACUACUCAGAGGAAGAGACGGAGGCUGAGAAGGCUAAAUGGAGACAAAUUUAUUACUCUGCUUUGAAAGAGAAAGAGAAAGAGGUCCAUGAGGAGGAAGAAGAAGUAUCACCGGAAGUUUCUGAGUCAGAAUUGGAAUCCGAGCCACCGUCGCAGUUUCCACCAGCAAUGCUGCCGCCGAAACAACCAACCCUGCUGUCGUCUCUACCAUCUCUAGGGUAUGAGAGCAGAAAAGAGAAUGAGAUGAAGAACUUAGGAGGAAAAGUUGUUGAGUCGGAAUCGAAACCAAAGAAGACACCACAACUACAACCACCUAUGUUGUCGCAGCCGCCACCUUGUCCUCUACCGUCGCCGCCGCAUUCACCAUCACCACCUCCACCACCGCCACCGGAAUUUGAAGAAAAUAAUGGGGAAAAGAUGGAGUCAUCAUAUUGGAGCUUUGGGAAGCAGGAGUCGUUUCAUUACAUCAUUUCAAAAGAAAUUGGCAAUGACAGCGACGACACACCGCCAUCACAACCACCGCCACCACCAUUGUCGGGAAUUCAACCAACGGGGAAAGGAACGAUGGAUUCAAUGUGA